AUGAAGAUAAUUAUAUGUUUUUGCAUUUGGGCAGUAGCAUGGGCCAUUCCAGUUCCUCAAAUCAAGCCAUUGGAGAGACAUGCUGUUGACAAAUCUGUGAAUUUAAAUCUUCUAGCAAAAUCGAAAGUGCCAAUACAGGAUGAGUUACAUGUCAAUGAUACCACCAAAGAAAGUGGUGUCCCCCUGCAUGAAAAUGAGAGAGGACAACAACUGUCUACCAAAGACGGUUACGAAGGAGAGAGAAAUGGUUCUGAGUGGGCAGAAGUAGGAGGGAAAAGCUCUUCUACAAGUUCCAUGUUAGUAAAUGAAGAAGGGAAUACUGAGGAUCAGAACGGGGGCACAGGAAAACCAGAAACAUAUGGUCAUGAUGGGAUACAUAGAGAAGAAGAUGGCAUCACAGCGAGUGGCAUCAGGGGACAAGUAAGCAUCACCGACAAUGCUGGAACAGCAAAUGGGAGCAAUAUUAGUGGCAAUACUGACAAGAAUUCCCAAAAUGGGGAUGUUAGAGAUGCAAGUCAGAGCGAGGAUGCCACUGUUGUCCAAGAAGAUGGACAUCAAGUAGCUGGAAGCAGUAACAGUACAGGCCAUGAGGAUGGAAUAAAUGGGAAUUCCUGUGGAAAUGAGGGUGAUACAGGUGUAACAACACCUCAGAGAGAAGGUGAGACAAUUGGGAAUGAGGAGGCAGGGGUAACACCAGGGGCAAGUGGAGCUGGCAAUAGAGAAGAUGUUGGCCUGGAUAAUUCUGGUGGGAGUCCUAGUGGGAAUGGAGCAGAUGAGGAUGAAGACAAGGGCUCUGGUGAUGAUGAAGGUGAAGAAACAGGGAAUGGAAAUGAGGGCACUGAUAAUGGCAGUGGCCAGGAGGAUGAGGGUCACGGAAAAGAAGAUGACAGUGACAAUAGCUUAGGUCAAAAUUCAAUUAGUGGUGAAGAUGAUGCCCCUGAAGACAAAGAAGAUCCCCAAGUCAUUGAUGGAGACAAUACCUCCAAGAGUGAGGAGGAUUCUGAUGGUAUUCCAGAAGGCAAUGACAGCCAAAGAAUAGAGGACACUCAAAACCCCAACCCCAGAGAAAACAAAGCUGUGGAAAAUGGACUCACUGAAGAAGUAAAGCCAAGUGCUAGUGGGAAGAGCCAAGACAAGGGAAUAGAAAUCGAAGGUCCCAGCAGUGGUAACAGAAACAAUAUUACCAAAGAAGCUGGGAAAGUCAAUGAAGAUAAAGAGAGUAAAAGACAACAUGGAAUGAUCAUAAGCAAAGGAAAUGUCAAGACACAAGGAGAGGUUGACAACAUGCAAGGACCUGGCCAGAAAUCAGAACCUGGAAAUAAGGUUGGACACAGCAAAACAGGCAGUGACAGUAAUAGUGAUGGACGUGACAGUUAUGAGUUGGAUGAUGAAUCCAUGCAAGGAGAUGAUCCUAAUAGCAGUGAUGAGUCUAAUGGCAAUGACAAUGCCAAUUCUGAAGGUGACAAUAACAGCAGUAGCCAAGGAGAUGCUUCCUAUGACUCUGAUGAAUCAAAAGAUAAUGGCAAUGACAGCGACUCAAAAGGAGAAGGAGAUGAUGAUGACAGUGAUAGCACAUCAGACACUAAUGAUGGUGACAGCAAUGGCAAUGGUAAAAAUGGGAGCAAUGACAAUGGCAAGUCAGACAGCAGCAAAGAUAAAUCAGACAGCAGUGACAGCAGUGACAGUAGUGACAGCAAUGACAGCAGUGAUAGUAGUGACAGCAGUGAUAGCAGUGAUGACAGCAGUGACAGCAGCGAUAGCAGUGAUAGCAGUGACAGUAGUGACAGCAGUGACAGUAGUGAUAGUAGUGACAGCAGUGACAGUAGUGAUAGCAGUGACAGCAGUGACAGCAGUGACAGCAGUGAUAGUAGUGACAGCAGUGACAGCAGUGAUAGUAGUGACAGCAGCGACAGUAGCGAUAGCAGUGAUAGCAGUGACAGUAGUGAUAGCAGUGACAGCAGCAAUAGUAGUGGCAGCAGUGACAGUAGUGACAGCAGUGACAGUAGUGACAGCAGUGAUAGCAGUGACAGUAAAUCAGACAGUAGUGACAGUAAAUCAGACAGUAGUGACAGCAGUGACAGCAGUGAUAGUAAAUCAGACAGUAGUGACAGUAAAUCAGACAGUAGUGACAGCAGUGACAGCAAAUCAGACAGCAGUGACAGUAAAUCAGACAGCAGUGACAGCAGUGAUGACAGUAGUGAUAGCAGCAAUAGCAGUGACAGUAGCAACAGCAGUGACAGUAAAUCAGACAGUAGUGACAGCAGUGAUGACAGUAGUGAUAGCAGCAAUAGCAGCGACAGUAAAUCAGACAGUAGUGACAGCAGUGAUAGCAGUGACAGUGACAGCAAAUCAGACAGCAGUGACAGCAGUGAUGACAGCAGUGAUAGCAGUGACAGUAGUGACAGCAGUGACAGUAAAUCAGACAGUAGUGACAGCAGUGACAGUAAAUCAGACAGUAGUGACAGCAGUGAUGACAGUAGUGACAGCAGUGAUAGCAGUGACAGUAGCAAUAGCAGUGACAGUAAAUCAGACAGUAGUGACAGCAGUGAUAGUAGUGACAGCAGCAAUAGCAGUGACAGUAGUGACAGUAAAUCAGACAGUAGUGACAGCAAUGAUAGCAGUGACAGUGACAGCAAGUCAGACAGCAGUGACAGCAGUGAUAGUGACAGUAAAUCAGACAGUAAUGAUAGUAGUGACAGCAGUGACAGUAGUGAUAAUGACAGUGACAGUAGUGACAGUGACAGCAGCAAUAGCAGUGAUGGUGACAGCAGUGACAGCAGUGACAGUGACAGCAGCGACAGCAGUGAUAGUGAUAGCAGUGACAGCAGUGAUAGUGACAGUGACAGCAGUGACAGUGACAGCAGUGACAGUGACAGCAGUGACAGUGACAGCAGUGAUAGUAGUGAUGGUGAUAGCAGUGACAGUGAGAGUAAUGACAGCAGUGACAGCAACGAAAGCAGCGACAGUGCAUCUGACAGUAGUGAUGAGAGUGACAGCAAGAGCGAGUCUGGUAAUGGCAACAACGGAAGUGAUAGCGACAGUGAUAGUGACAGUGAAGGCAGUGACAGUAAUCACUCAACCAGUGAUAAUUAG